AUGAAGGAGAGAAAGGGCUCUUGGGUUAACCUGGCUGUGGUUUGUGUGUUUUUCACCUUCCUGCACAUACAUUCAUACGCUGCACAACCAACCAAAACGCUACACCUUGUUCAGCUGGUGCAUCGCCAUGGAGCUAGGUAUCCCCUUGUACCACACAACGCAACCGAGAUAUGCGGUGGCGAGCCGUGUGGAUCUCUAACUCGUGAGGGUUUAACGAUGCUAAUUAAUACGGGAAAGUUCUUGCGCGAGCACUACAAUAAUGCCAGUUCGGUGCCUUUCUUCCCGUCAACAAGCUACAAUCUUAGUGUGUCUCACACCGAGUCAACUUAUGUUAAUCGAACGAUCCAAAGCGCAGAAGGUCUUCUGAAGGGCUUGUUUCCAGACGAGAAUACCUUCUUUCCAGUUGUCUACACUAGGUAUGAUCGCGGAAACGUUCUGCAGCGCAGCUACAGCAACCCAUAUACCUACGCUUUUUUGAAUUUGGACGUUGAGUGGUGGCGGAACGUGUGCAACCCCACGACCGACAAAUUCAUUAAAUACGAUACGCUUCUGUCCAUUUCUAAGGAGGUAUUCAGUGAGGGUAUGUGUGCCAAUCCAGAAGACAGGUGUAAAUGUGCCCAAACAUUGUUUGACAUAGGUGCUUCUAUGGAGGCCGACGGGCGGAUUGCUAAGCAUCCGCUAUUGUUGCAACAUGUGAAGCAGUUACGCAAUGUGACAGAAUUUUGCUUCAGGGAGGAAUUUGGGUAUAACAGUUCUGACAAAACACACGUAAACAUGGGCAGUCAAGGACAGGACUUGGCGCAACGAAUUCUGUUCAAUGCUGAGAGUCGCAUGAAUGGCACAACGACGCUUAAGCUUUACCACUACAGUGCACACGACGUAACCCUCGCACCACUGGCGGCCACCCUUGGAGACUCCACUUUCGAUGGAUUUCUGCCUCCGUUUGGGCAACUGUACGCUUUUGAGCUUCUAUACGAUGAUGCUGCGAACGGAUAUGUCGUAUGUGUAAGGCGUGGGGCACCGGGCCAAACUCCUAGUACCAAGUAUUUGUUUCAGUGGGACGAUUUUCAGUUGAAGUGCAUGGAUGAGCGGAACUCUAUCUACAAUGCUGAAAACAACACAUGCCCUUAUCACGACUUCAAGCGGCUCGUGGAUUUCACCAAGCCAAAGGAUCCUGCUGGACUUUGCUACCUCAACGAUAAGUAUCGGAAACUAUUUGAUUGCUCGGGGGAAAAAAGGGAGUCACCCAACCAAGCCUGCAAAGCACUACGGCGGAUGUGCCCUGAAUGGGCUUGUGGGAGCGGUUACACACUCAAUAGUGUUACUUUGGAGUGCAUACAAAGCCUCAGCGGAGGUCGAUACUUUAGCAUGAAAUGGCGUUUGCUACUUGUUUUCAUUGUGUUGGUCUGUGUCUGUGUGGUCGUUUCACUACUCUGCUUCUCCCGGAAUAAAGAAAGACGUGAAGAGGAACCAGUCAUCGAAGAGGGUGUGGCUUCGAACGAAAAGGAGCCACCUCUUGGUCACCCCGGUCGUGCUAACCGCGCUCGGGAAGGGAGUGAUGGCCCCGUCCCAUAG